UAGCCAAUCUAGAUGCAGAUCCACAGAUAUUUCCUAUACUGUGGUACCUCAAAGCAACUGCACAGAUAAUGGAAACAGCAGAGCACAAAGGAAGGACAGUCUAGCUGAGAAGCUGAAAAUACUACUGGUUUAAAUACACUAAGAAAAAGCGAGAUUAUUCUAUCUAAUGGGUUUGUCUCUUGUUCUGCUGAGAAACCUGUUCAAAACAAGCUGAAAAAGUAUUUUAUCAGAAAACAGAAUGGACAGAAGGCAGAAAGAGGAUGGCAAGGCACUCAGAAGGCAAGUACUGCUUCUCUUAUUUUUGCCUUUCUCCUGCUGGGCUGCGUCAGAUCAGAUUCAUUAUUCCAUUCCUGAGGAGAUGGCAAAGGGUUCAAUUGUGGGGAAUCUCGCCAAGGAUUUGGGACUGAAUGCCAGAGAUCUAGGAAGGCGCAAUCUGCAUGCUGUCUCUGUGAAUAAAAUGCAGUAUUUCAAUAUCAAUGCAGAAAAUGGAAACCUCUAUGUAAAUGACAGGAUCGACAGAGAGGAAAUAUGUGAGAAAACUCCACUCUGCCUGGUUAAUUUUGAGGUGGUGAUUGAAAAUCCCUUAAAUGUUUUCCAUAUAACUGUGGAAAUUCAGGAUAUUAAUGACAAUACUCCACAUUUUUUGAAAAUUAAUAUCAACUUAGAGAUUGUGGAAUCCACUUUGCCAGGCACCAGAUUUCUCCUUGGGAAAGCUGAAGAUCCUGACAUAGGGAUGAAUUCGCUCCAGAAUUACCAGCUGAGCUCUAAUAAAUAUUUGACUUUGGAUGUUAAGGAGACUUAUGAUGGAAAUAAAUUUGCAGAUUUAGUGCUGCAGAAAGCACUAGAUCGAGAGACCGAACAGACCCUUCACUUGAUCCUCACAGCGUUGGAUGGGGGUGAACCUAGAAAAACUGGGACUGCCCAGAUAUGGAUUAAUGUCACAGAUGCCAAUGACAACCCACCUGUUUUCACUCAAGAGGUGUACAAGGUCAGUUUGAGGGAAAGUGUUGCAGUUGGAUCGCUUGUGCUCCAGGUUACAGCUUCUGAUAAUGAUGAAGGUUCAUACGCCCAAAUCAGGUAUCAUUUUAGCAAUAUACCACAGAAUGCCAACAAGAAAUUCAGUCUAGAUCCUUUGAAUGGCUCAAUCCUACUUAUAGGGCUACUGGAUUUUGAGGAAACCAAAGAAUACACUUUGACAGUUGCAGCAAAAGAUGGGGUGGGGAUUAUUGACACAUUGUAAAGUUGAAAUAAGAGUUAUUGAUGAGAAUGACAAUUACCCCGAGGUAACCCUGGUUUCCUUGUUUAGCCCAGUCUCUGAAGAU